CGGCCCGAGCAGGCGGGAAGCUGGAGCGCCGGCGGCGUCGGUCUCGGAGGGGUGUGGAGAGGCGAGGCCAGGCAGAGCCCCGCGCAGCCAUGGAGUCUCUCCUGCUGCCGGUGUUGCUGCUGUUGGCGGUACUGUGGACGCAGGCGGCCGCCCUCAUUAACCUCAAGUACUCGGUAGAGGAGGAGCAGCGCGCCGGGACGGUGAUCGCCAACGUGGCCAAGGACGCGCGUGAGGCAGGCUUCGCACUGGACUCACGGCAGGCCUCUGCCUUCCGUGUGGUGUCCAACUCGGCUCCGCACCUGGUGGACAUCAACCCCAGCUCAGGCCUGCUGGUCACCAAGCAGAAGAUCGACCGUGACUUGCUGUGCCGCCAGAGCCCCAAGUGCAUCAUCUCGCUCGAGGUCAUGUCCAGCUCUAUGGAGAUCUGCGUGAUUAAAGUGGAGAUCAAGGACCUGAACGACAAUGCGCCCAGUUUCCCGGCGGCACAAAUCGAGUUGGAAAUCUCAGAGGCAGCUAGCCCCGGCACACGCAUCCCGCUGGACAGCGCCUACGACCCUGACUCGGGCAGCUUCGGAGUGCAAACGUACGAGCUCACGCCCAACGAGCUCUUUGGCCUGGAGAUCAAGACCCGCGGCGACGGUUCGCGAUUUGCCGAACUCGUGGUGGAGAAGAGCUUGGACCGCGAGACGCAGUCUCACUACAGCUUUCGCAUCACUGCGCUCGACGGUGGCGACCCGCCUCACCUGGGCACCGUGGGCCUCAGCAUUAAGGUGACCGACUCCAAUGACAACAACCCGGUGUUUGGCGAGUCCACCUAUGCGGUGAGCGUACCAGAAAACUCGCCUCCCAACACGCCAGUCAUUCGCCUCAACGCCAGUGACCCAGAUGAGGGCACUAACGGCCAGGUGGUCUAUUCCUUCUACGGCUACGCCAACGACCACACGCGCGAGCUCUUCCAGAUCGACCCGCACAGCGGCCUCGUCACGGUCACCGGCGCCCUAGACUACGAAGAGGGCCACGUGUAUGAGCUGGACGUGCAGGCCAGGGACCUGGGACCCAACUCCAUCCCGGCACACUGCAAAGUCACCGUCAGCAUUCUGGACACCAACGACAACCCGCCCGUCAUCAACCUGCUGUCGGUCAACAGCGAGCUGGUGGAGGUGAGCGAGAGCGCCCCCCCAGGCUACGUGAUUGCACUGGUGCGGGUGUCUGAUCGAGACUCUGGACUCAACGGGCGAGUGCAGUGCCGUUUGCUGGGCAAUGUGCCCUUCAGGCUGCAAGAGUACGAAAGCUUCUCCACUAUCCUAGUGGACGGAAGGCUGGAUCGCGAGCAGCACGACCAGUACAACCUGACGAUCCAGGCGCGCGACGGCGGCGUGCCCACGCUACAGAGUGCCAAGUCCUUCACCGUGCGCAUCACGGACGAGAACGACAAUCACCCGCACUUCUCCAAGCCCUACUACCAGGUCAUUGUGCAGGAGAACAACACUCCCGGCGCCUAUCUCCUAUCUGUGUCGGCCCGCGACCCCGAUUUGGGUCUCAAUGGCAGUGUCUCCUAUCAGAUUGUGCCGUCGCAGGUGCGGGACAUGCCAGUAUUCACCUAUGUCUCCAUCAAUCCCAACUCGGGCGACAUCUACGCUCUGCGCUCUUUCAACCACGAGCAGACCAAAGCGUUCGAAUUCAAGGUGCUGGCCAAGGACGGCGGCCUGCCCUCGCUGCAGAGCAAUGCCACGGUGCGGGUCAUCAUUCUCGACGUCAACGACAAUACCCCGGUCAUCACGGCCCCGCCCCUGAUCAAUGGCACAGCCGAGGUCUACAUCCCCCGAAACUCCGGCAUAGGCUACCUGGUGACCGUCGUCAAGGCAGAUGACUACGACGAGGGCGAGAAUGGCCGAGUCACCUACGACAUGACCGAGGGCGACCGCGGAUUCUUUGAAAUAGACCACGUUAACGGCGAAGUCAGAACCACCCGCACCUUCAGCGAGAGCUCCAAGGCUUCCUACGAACUUAUUGUUGUCGCUCACGACCACGGCAAGACCUCUCUUUCCGCCUCUGCGCUCGUCCUAAUCUACCUGUCCCCUGCUCUCGAUGCCCAAGAGUCAAUGGGCUCGAUGAACUUGUCCCUGAUUUUCAUCAUCGCCCUGGGCUCCAUUGCAGGCAUCCUCUUUGUCACUAUGAUCUUCGUGGCGAUCAAGUGCAAGAGAGAAAACAAAGAGAUCCGGACCUACAACUGCAGUAAUUGUUUAACCAUCACUUGUCUCCUCGGCUGUUUUAUAAAAGGACAAAACAGCAAGUGUCUGCAUUGCAUCUCGGUUUCUCCCAUUAGCGAGGAGCAAGACAAAAAGGCAGAGGAGAAAGUGAGCCUAAGGGGAAAGAGAAUCGCUGAGUACUCCUAUGGGCAUCAAAAGAAAUCAAGCAAGAAGAAAAAAAUCAGUAAGAAUGACAUUCGUCUGGUACCCCGGGAUGUGGAGGAGACAGACAAGAUGAAUGUUGUCAGUUGCUCCUCCCUGACCUCGUCCCUCAACUAUUUCGACUACCACCAGCAAACACUGCCCCUGGGCUGCCGCCGCUCUGAGAGCACUUUUCUGAAUGUGGAGAACCAGAAUACCCGCAAUACCAGCGCUAACCACAUCUACCAUCACUCUUUCAACAGCCAGGGCCCCCAGCAGCCAGACCUGAUCAUCAACGGUGUGCCUCUGCCUGAGACUGAAAACUAUUCUUUUGACUCCAACUACGUGAACAGCCGAGCCCAUUUAAUCAAAAGCAGCUCCACCUUCAAGGACUUAGAGGGCAACAGCCUGAAGGAUAGUGGACAUGAGGAGAGCGACCAGACUGACAGUGAACAUGAUGUCCAGCGGAGCCUGUAUUGUGAUACUGCUGUCAAUGACAUGCUGAACACCAGCGUGACCUCCAUGGGAUCUCAAAUGCCUGAUCAUGAUCAGAAUGAAGGAUUUCAUUGCAGGGAAGAAUGCCGGAUUCUUGGCCACUCUGAUAGGUGCUGGAUGCCCCGGAACCCGAUGCCCAUCCGCUCCAAGUCUCCUGAGCACGUGAGGAACAUCAUUGCGCUGUCCAUCGAAGCUACUGCUGCGGAUGUUGAGGCUUAUGACGACUGCGGACCCACCAAGCGUACUUUUGCAACCUUUGGGAAGGAUGUCAGCGACCACCCAGCUGAGGAGAGGCCCACCCUGAAAAGCAAGCGGACUGUCGAUGUGACCAUCUGCAGCCCCAAGGUCAGCGGCACUAUCCGGGAGGCGGGGAAUGGCUGUGAGGCAAUCAGCCCUGUCACUUCCCCUCUCCACCUGAAGAGCCCUCUGCCCACCAAGCCUUCUGUGUCAUACACCAUUGCCCUGGCUCCCCCGGCCCGUGAUGUGGAGCAGUAUCUCAACAAUGGUCCUUCUCGUUCCUCUGAAGCUGAGCCCCGUGGAGUUGACACCGAAAAAGUCAUGCAUGAGGUCAAUCCCAUUCUGAAGGAGGGUCGUGGCAAAGAGUCCCCUGGUGUGAAGCGUCUGAAGGAUAUCGUUCUCUAAACCAGUCUCGGGGAAGAAGAGAAAGAAACCAUGCUGGCUAGCAAAAAAGCAGGAGUGUAUCGUUUUAAUUGCUCACCAAUGGUUGGUUCUUGAGUGGCUGUAUUUCAGAGCUUUCCUUAAAUGUAUUGUUUAUAAAUAACUAUCGUUCUGUGACAAUCCCUCUUGUUUCAGCAGGCAGCAGGGGUGUUCAGUUGGAGCAAAUUCGCUUGGGCUUGAGUUGUUAAUGGGGCCUUGAUGUUGGGGAAACAGAGACAAAUUCAGUUGUGAAAAGUAUUAUGUAUUAAGUGUUUGAAUUUAUAUAUUUUUCUAUGUCAAAAUUAUAAUAUAAAUUACCAUUGUUUGUGAAGGAUUACAUUUAAAAAAAGCAAAAAAAAAAAAAAAAAGCUCUGGACACCUUUAAUAGCUCGCCACUGUUUUGUAGUGUAGACAAGUUAAUGGUCAUUUAUUGUGUACUAUUCAUUGAUUCAGUGAUGUGAAAUCGAACCCCUAAAACGUUGUUUCUGAAGCUCGAGUACUUUCCAAUGCCGCUACUUUGCUGUGACACCCCUGCUUUAAGAACCCUUUUGCUAGCUGUGCUCUUGUUGUAUUUGAUAUUGCAAAUUGCUAUGUGUGUGGUGAUGGCAAAAGGCUUUUAAAGGUCAGUGUUUUCUUUUCUUAAAAAAAUAAUAAAACUACAGACAAAAACAAAGUGCAAACAACUGAGACGGCAAAUGAAUGAACAACACCACACAUAUAGAUUGAGUACUUGGAGGAUAUGGAGAAUAUGUUUCUUAACCCAUGUAAUGAUUGCUCACCACCUUGCAAAGUAUUUUUCUCUGCCUUUCAGUCUUCUGCCCAGAUCGAUGAUAGAUCAUUGCAGAAAGUCAUUUUUGGAUAUUCUGCUAUCUAAUUUGCAGUUGUCAGAAAUACUGUGCUGAAAGUUUUAAGAGAUCCAUUUUUCUAAUUUCCAGGCCCUGAACAGGAAAGUUGUUCCUGUAGUUAUAGGUUUCCAGGCUUAGAAAUUCCCUGUCUCCAAUCAUCUAAAACUCAAAACGACUGAAUCUAUUUAGAGAUCUAAAUUAGCAUCUCUUCAGAUACACAUUUCCUGAUUCAGGGUUUCCCAAUCACAAUUAGAAUUAGACUGCAAAGGAUGUCAUGGGCUGGAAUUGAGAACUCCAUGUUGCUCUGUAUUUUAGGCUUAUAAAUAGGGAUAGAGUAAGCAGUACAAAGUGUACAUUUGGGAAAAGACAGGUAAGAGGUAACAGCAUCACUAAUCUAAUUACUGUGCCUUCUAAAUGGAGACACAUGGACACUUGAACUCAUCUUUUUAUGACUAAUACUUUUUGAUUAACAAUGUGAACAGGAAAUUAUGAAAAUAAAAAUCCUAUAGAUUUAGUUAACUCUUUUAUUAACAAACUGCACAUUCUCUUUCAUUGUAACAUUCCUCCUACUCUUCCCCAUUUAUCGAUUAACUAUUUGUCUAUUAAUAUUUGCUAGCCAGUAUAGUAUUCUUGCAGCCUAAGGGUUCAUUAUUUAAAAACAAAUAUGUCACCUUUGCUUGUCCUUGGUCUUCAACAAGUUAUUUCUAGAGAAACAAGUGUUGCGGUUCUGUUCUCAUUUUUUGAAAUUCAAGAGUACCCAGAAAGAAGGCUUAGAGGUUAGAGCACUAGAAUGUAAAAGAGGUUUUAUUUUCUUAUGUUUAAGUAGAUAAGUCAGCUUGUUUAAACAUUUUAGUUAAUUUUGCCUGAGAUCCUGGCUUUAUACAUUACUAGGAAU